GCAGUCCCGCAGCAGUACGAGGGGUGCGUUUGAUCACUGCACUUCUAAAUGGCGGAUGAGGACAAGGGGCUGAAGCUCGAACAAUAACACCUUACUUUCCCAGUAAAGCUCGUUAUCAGUCCUCUCAGCUUGCCGAUGCAAAUCCCGCGCGCACAGGCUGCAGUCAGUCAUAUGUGGCUUUAAUAAUUGACGAGUUCAGUUGAGGCACGAAAGAUCGCGGAUUUUUGCGGAGCUCCGAAGGAAGUCGAUCUCUUCAUGGUGGUUGUGAUAUGGGGGACUCGCUUGGUUUGAUCGGGAAGCGGCUGCUUCUGCUGCUCAAUGACGGGAGCUCCGCGUCUGCCGCGGGCGUUGGGACGGAUCCGGCGGCCUGGCUCCGCGGUACCGUGCGGGCGGUCAGUGUGAUCGGGCUGGAGAGCCCGGGGGUGGAGGUGUUCGUGGAGUUUGAGAAGAGCCCUUGCCGGCAGCGCUCAUGGGUGCAGAUGUACGGGGACGAGGUGCGUGCGGUUCUCGUGGAGAGUGCCAUUGUCUGGGUCAACUGCAGUGACCCUUCCCUCUCCCUUCCCCCGGCUCUAGUAGCGGCUGCUACUCAAUGGCCAGCCUUGUUGUUCAAACCGCUGGUUGACCGAGUGGGUUUGGGAUCCGUGGUUCCUGUCGAGUUCUUUGGACCAAGAACUUUGUCGUUUUUCCCUAAUGGGAAUUCACUGCACACAUUUGAGACUGAAAAAGAUAUGAUACACUCUCUGCUACUAGAGCAGCCAGCGCUUCAAGCUGCCAUCAGCAGUUGGCACCGGGACUCUGAGCUACAGGAGAUCCUGCGCAAAGGUCAGUUGCGUUUACCUAUAAAUAAACGAACUCUGUAG